AUGGGGGUCGACACCCGCAGACCGAUUCUUCCCGCCCCCACAGAGUCCAUCAUCGAUACGGAGAGCGCGCUGGGGACAGAUUUGGCAACUGACAUUUCUCGCCGAACAGACAAAACGUCGUACUCGAUCCCAGACGACGGAAGCCCGGUGACUGUCUCUACCAGGGAUCGCGACGGGAAAUCAUAUUCACACUCCCGCCACGACUCUCACACCUCGCUUCUCAUCGAGUACUUCGAAGGGGAAAAAGGCCCCGGCGUCACCUCUCGCCCCAGCGUGCGAGUCCGCGUCACCCCCUCGUCGGCGAGAAAGUCCAAACGGGACCGAGACCACGUUCAGAUCACCGAGUCCAGUGGCAGUAGUCGCAAGCCGUCCUAUACACACCGCAUCUCCCUCCCAUCGCCAUCCUCCAAAUCCAAUCGGUUGGAAACGGGGGCGACGGAUGAUCAAAGCCUCGAUUCAGGUUCAGCGGAGGAGGGCCACCAUUCCUCUAGUCGCCGUCCGGUAGAAAUCGACUUUCCUGGCUUCCCUAGCAGUGAAAUGUCGACCCUGUCAUAUGAUACCCGGUAUAUGCCUGUAUCCUCCGACAUUUCAUCCAUGCCCGCCGACAGUAUGAUCAACGCGUCAUCGGCAGGGCCGCGGCGAAAACGCAGCCAAAGUCUGGAGCGCGGGUCGCCUCGUGAAGACAAGGAUUUGCUAAAGACACCACGUCGACAGCGAAGUCGCAGCCUAAGCACCGAGCGAAUCGCGCAUCGUGUGGCCGAGAAGCUGACCGAACCAGCCAAGGAAUCGUCGGGCAGAAAUCGAAGCAAGUCUGGCAAGGAUUACCUCGAUGCCGAGCCCAAGUCCUCUCGCCGACGGAAGCAUAAGUACGCCGAGGAUGACUAUAUCAGCCCCGAGUCGAGUCUCCUCAGUACCUCGGCGGUUUCUUCAAACCGUAAGUCGGAUCAGUACUCAAUUCGGUCGGGUGCAUCCAAGUCCUCCAUCAACAACCCGAAAUUAUUGGAGACUGUCGAGGAUGCCAUUCGGCGGUUGAUACUCCCCGAGCUCAAGGAGCUCAAGAAAGACCAAAAGGUGAUGACCAACACAGGCAAAUUUGAACGGGACAUAGCACGAGACAUGGCAUCUUAUUCAUCCGGGACAAGCUCUCGGGAUGAGCUCCGUCGAAGUCUGUCCAAGCACGCCAGUGCACCCGAUAUCAUCAAGCCCAAGGUUGUGUUGAACAAGGACAGCAAAGAUGAAGGAAUUGUUCUCUCCGGAGGGUCGGGUCCGCAAAACAAGGAGCGCAAGUCCAGCAAAAGCAGUGAAGUAUCCGAGGCAGCCAUUCGUUGGGGCAACCGACCCGACUACUCUGAGCAAGACAAGAUCCGAAGGCAAAAGAGCAAGGGUCUGCGCGAUGCUCAUGCUGCUGCACGAGUGGGUUCUGCUCUCACCGCCGCUUCCUUGAAGCACCAUGAUUCCAAUUCCAGUCUUGGCAAGUCAGAGCAUCGUCGCCGUAAGAGUGGCUCUCGGAAGAGUACUGAGAGCAUCAAGUACAACGAAACCGAACUUGUUUUCCAAAGGCAUAACGUUGCCCCCAUGCCAAUGCGUAGCGAGAUCGAUUCCGAGUUGACCAGAAACUCGUUGCUCUCUGAACGCACGGCUAGCCCCCCUCCACAGAAGAAGAGCUCCCAGGCGGAAUUCUCUCGUGGAUCUCCCAGGCAGCUUGUAUCUCCCACCUCUCGCACUCCUACUCGCAACUCUGUUGACUCCCUCGGCAUGCGUCACGCCAACAAGUCACAGCAUAAUAUCUCCCUGCACAGCACCUCGGACCGUGAUCUACGGGCCAAAAGCCAAUCUCCCGGAACUGACACGGGCGAUUGGGCUAUCGCUGCCGCGGCCGCUGCCAACCUUCUUGAUGCCGCCCACCCUACUCAAUACCGUGACGAACUGCAUGAUCGCGGUCUGAGCCCUAUUCAAAGUGUUGCUAGCGACAACACCGAGACCCACCACGCCCAAUACCCAAUCCAUGAGGGCCAUGUCCAAGGCAAGCACGAGAUGGAGCCUCGUCUCUCCAUUGACUCCCUUUCAUCCGCACCCAGCACCAACCUCGCCAGAUCUACCCGCCAAGGUACCACCCACAGCCACAGCCAGAGUGCACUUUCCCAGCAGCUUAGCGAGGAUUCGCCCGAGCUCGGCUACGAACGGUCGCGCCAGCUCGAAGGAGAUGAGAUCUCCUAUGGAUACGAUAUAGAGAGCAGGUUGACUGCCGGCGAUGAUAACAGCGAUAUCGAUUACAUGGAGAAAGUCAAAGAAGGCCAGCAUGUGGGAUAUGGUGUCGCUGCUAACCCUCAAUUCCACCACCCAAUGGGCGUUGAAUCCAAUGUUGCCUCCUUGAUGGACCCGUCUGUCCUUGAAUCACAGAUCGAAUCCCAGCUUUCUUCCAUGAACCGCUCCCAAACCGAUCUAGGUCAACGAUCUGAAAGUCGCAGUCCUGAGAAGCAGGUCGGUGAGGCCUACCGUGGAAGUCCCCUUAAGCAAAGACAGGAUGCUUCCACUGCGGAUGAAACUUCGUUCCCUCGACGCAUGGGUGCGACGUCGCCUCCUCAGAGUGUUGCUCAGUCUUACGACGAGCUGGACGACUCGGCUAUCAUGGGCGCCAGUGCUCCGCGUGGACUGGAGAGUCCCAUGGCCGAUGCGGAGAGUCAAGAAUCCGAAUCUGAGAUCAAUACCAAUCCCUCGAUCAUCCAGGGCCCUGCCGGCGGUGUUGCUCAAGGAGACCACUGGGCUUACAGCUCGCGCUCUCCUCCCGUUGAUCAAUAUUAUGAUGAUGAUGCUGCUUUAUCUCAGGGUCUCAAUGAUGACCAGCAGCGUGGACUUGAUGCCGAAUACUACCAGACUGCCAAAAACAUCUUUGGCGGUGACGACGUUUAUAAUGCCUCCGUCGACAACCAAGCUCGCCAGCUGUUCGGCACGCCUCCUGGAGCCAAGGACGAGGGCUAUGUCUCCGCUGCCAACCCCAUGUCUCCCAGUAUUGGAACUCCGAAGCAAGGGAGCCGAAGUCUCGCGGGCCCAGAUGCCGCAGGUGCUGCUGCUUUUGAUGGUCCUUCUCCGGAUGAUCCUUUCGGGCCCGGUCACCAGCGUCACUUCAGUGGCUAUUCUCACGGCGUCGGAUCACCACUCUACGACAGUGCCACCGGCCGGGGCAUCGAGAGAAUUCAGUCCCAAGACAUCGUGGCUCUUAUGGACCACCUGACUGUACGCGACGCCCAACGAAAUGCCCGAGAUACUGAGAUUUUGGUUACUCUGGUUCGCAGUGCAGCAGAGAUGCGCACCUCUUUCGAGCAAAUGAAAAAGUUCAUUGCCGAUCAAGAUGACCUCAUUAUGGACAACACUGACAGGGGACAUGAGCGCACCCACAAGGCGCUCGGUGGACCCCGGCCUCUGCCCCCCAGUACUUCUCGCAACCGUCAAUUGAAUACGGCUGAGGAAGACGACAAGCGCAAGAACAUCUUCAAGCGCGCUCUUAAGGGCUUAAGUUUGAAGUCAGGCAACGAUCUUACCAAGAUUGAGGGCAUGCUCGAGCAGCUUCUUGAAGAGGUUGAAUAUCUGCGCUCUGGUCAGGACGGCGUGAGCCCACAACGCCUUACGCGACCUGCAAGCAUUGAUUCAGCCUAUGAGCCAACUCAACACGGUACACCCGUCGAGAACAGCAACGCUGCGUUUAUUCCUGCUCCCCAUCAGCGCAGAAACUCCGAUCAGCGGGUAAGUACCGUGCACGAAGUGGACGAGGAAGAUCUCGAGCUCGACGAAGGUGAUGAUUUUAUGACUGGACAUCUCCCUGUGCGCGAGCUUCCUCAUCACGAGCGCGCUGGCUCUUUGCCCCUUUCCACGCCUCCUCGCAAGCCAGUUGCAGCAGGUGCUCGCAGCACCGAAACAACCCCCAAGGCCGACAAGAAUGAAAAGGCUCGCAAGCACAAGUCGAGCAGCUCCUCCAUCUUCCCCAAGAUCUCUCGCUGGUCCAAGUCUACUGCGACCUCCAUGGGCGACAACAUCCGUAACAGCAUCCAGCCCAACCGCAAAGAGCGCCCAACUUCAGACCUCUCCCGCUCGGGUUCCGAUCUCGCUGAAGGCGCCUACAAGGGCGACUACUACGACCCCCAGGGCGACGACAGAAUCCGCUCCACCUUCACCUUGGAUGACCCCCAACGGGAGAACCUCUCUGAAGCCCCCAAGUACCGAGGCCACCGCGGAAGUCUUGAGCUUCAACACCCCCAGCCUCGCCAGGGUCCCACAGGCCGCUACCAGUCCCGCCUCGAAACAGAGGCCCAAACCUACGGCGGUCCAGUCUCCCCCACAGGCUCAGACCAGUGGGAAUCAAACCCCAGCCUAUCUGCCGUGAACCCCAACCAACAACGCUUCAGUGGUGCCAGCCGGCUAUCUCCCAUCUCCGACGCGGGCUACUCGCAGACCAGCUCCCGAACUCCAGGCCCGCCGCGUCCUCCCAAGGUCAAAGAUGAGGGUCCUCUGAUCCCAGAGCGUCCUCAGAAGGUGCCAGAGGAUGAAGAACCCACCUAUGGCGCCGGUGCUGACCGUGCCGUUUCAAGGAGCUCCGCAAUCCGCUCCCCACCCACACGCAAACCAACAGGCCCGCGUCCCCUCACCUCCGGCGGCGCCUACAGCCCUGGUAAAGUCAACCGAACUCGCUACAGAGGCAGUCCCAUGCAGGUCGACUAUGAUGAUGAGUAUUGA